GGGGAGGGGGCUGAACGGAGAGGGAGCCCGCGAGCGAGCUGUCGCUUAGCUGUGGUUUAGCUGCAGCAGCCUGGUGCUUCCUUUCUUUUUCUGGCUAGGAAGUAGCCAGAAAGAGUGGGCUGUGUUUCCCGCCAUGCCUGCUGGGGCCGGGGUUGGUCCAUGACGGGGGCGUGGCCUCGCUGGGCGCCGGUGUGGAAGCGGCCCUGUGUCUACCACUAAUGUCGUGCUAAUAAGGAGCCUUCCGCUUCCACCUCUUUGGAACUAUCAUUCUCAAAGCAUCUCGUGCUUGCUCUCACUCACCACCACAUCCCUAUCCCACCCUUGUCAUUUAAGGCUUUGGGAUGCUAUUUAAGUAUAUUUCAUACAAAUUUCUGUUCCACAAUUUCCCUUCUCAAUUACACUUUGAUCAGUGUCGCCUAUGCUUAAUGCGUUAUUGUGGCGUGUUAGUAGAGUGUACAGUUAGUAAGGUCAGUGUGCACUGAUGCUUGCAAUAUGUAACUUAAUUGACAAAAUAAAAAAUGAGCAUAAAAAUCAUUAAUUUUUAAAACUUACGUGGCAUAUAAGAGAAAGUCACCAUUGUUCCUGCCACUGCUUUGUCCUGUGGUAGUGAGUAAUAUGAUAUAAUUAUUAAUGCCAUUGGCAUGGCUUUGUACAACACAAGAUGGAAAAUUAUGGAACUCUGACCCCUGCAUCUUUAAAAUGCAGACAUUUCUUUGCUCUAACAUAUGAUGAUGAUGGCUGCUGAUUUUUUGUGUUUUUUAAAAUGGUUUCUUAUUCAUGCAUUAUCAUCAAUGUAUGUAGCACUUUAUAGGAUGACAAGCAAAAAUAUUUCUGCUCAUCAGGAGGGGAGAGGAGAAGAAAGAGGCAAUGGAUAUUUUACAUAGGCGUUGGUGCUUGCAGGAAGAAGAGUAUUCAGCAAAAAUGUCUAGGAUUGAUAAAAUGAGCAUUCUUGGUGUGAGGAGCUUUGGAGUAGAGGACAAAGACAAGCAAGUGAUAACUUUCUUCAAUCCUUUAACUGUCUUGGUGGGACCAAAUGGUGCUGGUAAAACGACUAUCAUAGAAUGUCUCAAAUAUAUUUGCACCGGAGAUUUCCCACCUGGCACCAAAGGAAGCUCAUUUGUUCAUGAUCCAAAGGUUGCCAAUGAAACGGAUGUCAGAGCUCAAAUUCGACUUCAGUUUCGUGAUGUUAAUGGAGAGCUUGUAGCUGUCCAACGAUCCAUGGUAUGCACUCAGAAAGGAAAGAAAACAGAAUUUAAAACUCUUGAAGGAGUCAUUACCAGAACAAAGCAUGGAGAAAAAGUCAGUCUAAGCUCCAAAUGUGCAGAAAUUGACCGAGAGAUGAUUGGUGCCCUUGGCGUUUCCAAGUCUGUGAUUAAUAAUGUCAUUUUCUGCCAUCAAGAAGAAUCCAACUGGCCCCUAAGUGAAGGAAGGGCUCUGAAACAAAAAUUUGAUGAGAUCUUUUCAGCAACAAGGUAUAUUAAAGCCUUGGAAACGCUUCGCCAGGUCCGUCUGAAGCAGGGUCAGCGGGUUAAAGAGUGUCAAGUGGAACUGAAGUACUUAAAACUGAAUAAAGAAAAAGCACAUGAGAUACAGAAUCAGCUUACUAACAGAGAAGCUCAACUGGCUGCCUCUAAGGAAAAUGUCAGAUCUAUUGAGAACCAGCUUGAACCUCUAAAGAAUCGUCUGACAGAAAUAGAACAGAAUCUUAUAAAAGUAAUGAGACUUGAUAAUGAAAUUAAAGCCUUGGAAAGCCGGAAAGAACAGAUGGAAAAAGAUAACCAGGAUUUGCAACAAAAGAUGGAGAAGGUUUUUCAAGGAACCGAUGAUCAGCUUAGAGAUAUGUAUCAAGACCAUCAGAAAACAGUGAGAGAAAAAGAGAGGAGACUAACAGAAUGCCAGAGAGAACUGGAAAGAGCUAACAAGGAAUGUCAAAGGUUUAACAGGGAAAAAUCAGAACUGUUAGUUGAACAAGGUCGUCUUCAGCUACAAGCAGAUCGUCACCAACAGAAUAUUAGAACCAGGGAUUCACUAAUUCAGUCUUUGGCAGCUCAGUUGGAAUUAGAAGGGUUUGAAAGAGCACCUUUUAAUGAAAGGCAGAUUAGCAGUUUUCACAGACUUGUGAAGGAAAGACAGGACAAAGACAUGGAAGCUGCCAAUCAGUUGAUGAGAGAGUUUGGAGAGAAGGAAACAAUGAAGCAACAGCAAAUAGAUGAAAUAAGAGACAAAAAAACUGGACUCGAAAGAACCAUUGACCUAAAGACAGACAUCCAAAAUAAAAAGCAUAUUGAAGUGAAAAAUAUGAAACAUGAAUUGAAUCAACUUGAAGGGUCCUCAGAUAGGCUCUUGGAGCUAGAUCAGGAACUUGCCAAAGCAAAACAUGAGCUAGAUGAAGCUCAGAAGAACAGCAAUGUAGAAGCCUUAGAAACAGAAAUACAAGGACUUCAAAAAGAGAAGACAAGUUUGGACACUGUUCUUCGGAAAUUAGAUAAAGAGAUGGAACAGCUGAACUUGAAUACUUCAAUAAUAACCCAAAUGGACAUGCUGAAGAAAGAUAAGGCUGACAAAGAAGAACAAAUCAGAAAAAUAAAAGCCAGGCACAAUGAAGAGUUAAUCUCCUUGAUAGGAUAUUUUCCCAACAAAAGACAACUUGAAGAUUGGCUUCACUCUAAAAUGAAAGAGAUUAAUCAGACAAGAGACAAACUUGCCAAGCUAAACAAAGAACUUGCUUCAGCUGAGCAGAACAAGAAUCAUAUUAGUACUGAACUAAGAAAAAAAGAGGAGCAAUUGUCUAGCUAUGAAGAAAAGCUUUUUGAUGUUUGUGGAAGCCAGGACUUUGAAAGUGAUCUAUACAAACUUCAGGAUGAAAUUGAAAAAACAUCCAAGCAGCGAGCCAUGCUUGCAGGAGCCACAGCAGUCUAUUCACAGUUCAUCACACAGUUAACAGAUGAAGACCAAUCGUGUUGUCCAGUUUGUCAGAGGGUCUUCCCAACAGAGGCCGAACUACAGGAUGUGAUAAGUGAUCUUCAGUCCAAGCUGCGCCUUGCUCCAGACAAACUGAAGGCAACAGAGUCUGAGCUUAAGAGGAGAGAGAAGAGACGUGAUGAAAUGAUGGCACUUAAGCCUGUCAGGCAAACAGUAUCUGAACUCAGAGAAAAAGACAUACCUGACUUAAGGAACAGGCUACAAACGCUCAACAGAGAGAUUCAACGCAUUAAAGGUGAUGUAGAAGAACAGGAAACUCUCCUGGGCACAAUUAUGCCUGAGGAAGAAAGUGCCAAAGCAUGUCUGCAGGAUAUUACACUUAUGGAAAGGUACCAGACUGAUCUAAGAGAUGUUGAGCGAAGAAUUGCUCAGCAGGCUGCUAAGCUCCAGGGAGUGGAUUUAGGCCGAACUCUUCUACAAGUGAGCCAAGAAAAACAAACGAAAAAACAUCAGUGGGAUACAGUUACUGGCAAAAUAGAAUUGAAGCAGAAUCUUAAACAAGACCAACAAAAUCAGAUCCAGUGUCUAAAGAGUACAGUGAAUGAGCUUAAAGCAGAAAAAAUUGAAAUUUCCAGUCGUAUGCAACGUCGACAGCAGCUGGAAGAGCAGACUGUGGAGCUGACCACAGAGGUGCAGUCCUUGAACAGAGAGAUCAAAGAAGCAAAGGAACAAAUACUUCCUUUGGAGAAAACCUUAGAAAAACUACAACAAGAAAGAGAAGAGUUAAUUGACAAAAAGAACAAAAGUUACAAAAUGACACAUGAGAAGAUAAAUGAGACUAAAGAAAAGGUUAAAAAUAUCCAGAACUACUUAAAAGAGAUUGAGAAUUAUAUUCGAGAAGGGAAAGACGAAUACAAACAGAAAAAGGAAUCUGAACUUGAUGAAGUCAAAGAUCAACUAGCAGAAUGUGAGAAAAGGAAAGAGAGGACAAAUAAAGAAAUGGGAACCAUUAGACAAGAUAUUGAUACGCGGAAGAUCCAGGAGCGGUGGUUAGAAGAUAAUCUUACUCUGAGAAAAAGAAAUGAAGAUCUGAAAGAAGUUGAAGAUAACAUAAAGCAGUAUAUGAAAGAGAUGGGGGAAAUGCAAGUCCCACAGCUGAAAAAGGACCAACAGCAUUUAGAGGGGAAAAUAGAGGAUUUGAAAAGAAACCAUAGCUUGGCACUUGGCCGACAGCAUGGAUUUGAGGAAGAGAUCCUUAGGUUUAAGAAAGAGCUCCGAGAUGCACAGUUUAAAGAUGCUGAGGAAAAAUACAGAGAAAUGAUGAUUGUUAUGAGGACAACAGAGCUGGCAAACAAGGACCUUGACAUCUACUACAAAGCGCUGGAUAAAGCAAUAAUGAAAUUUCAUAGCAUGAAAAUGGAAGAAAUCAACAAAAUAAUUCGUGACCUUUGGCAAAGCACAUACAGAGGACAAGAUAUUGAAUACAUAGAAAUUCGAUCUGAUGCAGAUGAGAAUGUGUCUGCUUCCGACAAGAGGAGGAGUUACAAUUAUAGAGUAGUAAUGAUAAAAGGAGACACUGCUCUCGAUAUGAGGGGCAGAUGCAGUGCUGGCCAAAAGGUACUUGCUUCCCUCAUUAUUCGUCUUGCUCUGGCGGAGUCCUUCUGUCUCAACUGUGGCAUUCUUGCUUUGGACGAGCCCACUACUAAUCUUGAUCGAGAGAAUAUUGAAUCUCUUGCACAUGCCCUGGUGGAGAUAAUAAAAAGUAGAUCCCAGCAGCGUAAUUUUCAACUGCUUGUGAUAACACACGAUGAAGACUUUGUGGAGCUUUUGAGUCGUUCCGAGUAUGUGGAGAAAUUCUACAGAAUUAAGAAGAACCUUGACCAGUGUUCAGAGAUUGUGAAAUGUAAUGUCACAUCUUUGGUAUCUUAUGUUCACUAGAGCUUACAAGUAAUUUUAUAUUAUAACGUUACUUGUGAUGAAAAUGAAGACUCUCCUUUGGAUGAUAGGAGCUAUAUUUCGUUGAAUGUAUCUUACUUAAUAGUAACAAACUACUAAUUAAUCUCAGUGUUCCCCUUUUCAAUAAAAUAAAAGUUAUUAACACAAA